UGUCUAUUAACUUGUUCAAAAAAGUAUCAGGAGUUGUCAAGGCAGAGAGAGAGAGUGUGUGUGUUUGCAAAAGGGGGUAAAGUAGUUUGCUGGCUCUUUAAGACCGAGGUGGAGAGAGAGAGAGAGAGAGAGAGGGAGAGAGAGGGAGGCAGAGAGAGAAAAGGGAAAAAGGAGGAAGAAGAAGUUUUUUAAAACCAAGGCUCCGGCUGUAAUAAUAGCAGUUAUUAGCAUUAUUAAUCCAUCAGCGAAGAGGAAGAUUCUGAUCUUGAUCCAAGUGUGGUUUUGGGGAGUCCCCCUCCCCCCUUUCCUACCCCUCCCUAGGAAAAAAAAAAAAAAAAGUCCGGCUUGGGACUCUGCUGCCGCCGCUCCUCGCUUCUCGGCUCACGGCUGGUUCCAGGCAAAAGUAGUUUGAAUGUACAACAUGAUGGAAACCGAGCUGAAACCUCCCGCCCCCCAGCAAACUUCGGGGGGAGGCACAGGCAACUCCAACUCGGCCGCCAACAACCAGAAGAACAGCCCGGACCGGGUCAAGCGGCCCAUGAACGCGUUCAUGGUGUGGUCCCGCGGGCAGCGGCGCAAGAUGGCCCAGGAGAACCCCAAGAUGCACAACUCGGAGAUCAGCAAGCGCCUCGGGGCCGAGUGGAAACUUUUAUCCGAGGCGGAGAAGAGACCCUUCAUCGACGAAGCCAAGCGGCUCCGAGCUCUGCACAUGAAGGAGCACCCGGAUUAUAAAUACCGACCCCGGAGGAAAACCAAGACCCUCAUGAAGAAGGAUAAGUACACGUUGCCGGGGGGCUUGCUGGCGCCGGGCACCAACACCAUGACGACCGGGGUAGGGGUUGGGGCCACCUUGGGAGCGGGGGUGAACCAGCGGAUGGACAGCUACGCGCACAUGAACGGCUGGACCAACGGGGGCUAUGGGAUGAUGCAAGAGCAGCUCGGCUACCCGCAGCACCCGGGCUUGAACGCGCACAACGCGGCGCAGAUGCAGCCCAUGCACCGCUACGACGUGAGCGCCCUGCAGUACAACUCCAUGACCAGCUCGCAGACCUACAUGAACGGCUCGCCCACCUACAGCAUGUCCUACUCGCAGCAGGGCACCCCGGGCAUGGCCCUGGGCUCCAUGGGCUCGGUGGUCAAGACGGAGUCGAGCUCCAGCCCCCCCGUGGUCACCUCGUCGUCGCACUCGAGGGCCCCGUGCCAAGCGGGGGACCUGCGGGACAUGAUCAGCAUGUACCUCCCGGGCGCGGAGGUGCCGGAGCCGGCUGCCCCGAGCAGACUGCACAUGUCGCAGCACUACCAGAGCGCACCUGUCCCCGGCACAGCCAUUAACGGCACCCUGCCUCUGUCGCAUAUGUAAGACCCGGGGCCGGGGGAGGGGGCGAGGCGACCCGGGCGAAACACACACACAGAAACUUUUAUUAGAAAUUCUGGACUUUUUUUUUUUUCGGACUAUUUUUGUACAGAGAAAACUGGGGGCGGGGAGGGGGGGGGGAUAAAACCGACGAGGAACUUGUAUAGAUCUUGGAGGGGAAGCAACUACGCAAAACUUUUAAAAAGUUCUAGUGGGAGCGGUAGGAACUUUGCAGGGAGUUUGCAAAAGUCUUUACCAAUAAUAUUUAGAGCUAGACUCAAAGAGCGAAGAGGAGAAUGUUUUAAUAUUUGCAGGCAACUUUUGUACAGUAUUUAUCAAAAGAAACAUGGCAAUCAGAAUGUCCAGUGGCGAUACAGAGAGGGAAGAAAACUCGGGAAUUUGCCAAUUAUUUUUUACAAAUAGAGUCUACUUGGAGCGCUGUGACUUCGGCAGCUGGGUUUAGAGCAGCUGCAAGAGGAGAGGAAAUUAUUUUACGGCAUUCGGACAUUUAAAUUGUUUUAGAAAUUGUACAAAAGGCAAAAAGGUAGGACGAGCACUCGCGAACCGUGGGCUUGGUUUGCUGCGAAAGGGCAAACGCUUAGAUUGUACUAAAUUUUUUUUUUUUUACUUCUUGUUAAAAAGCAAAAAUUGCCAUGCAGGUUCACACGCCGUUUGUUAAUUUAUAAUAACUUUUUGUUUCCAGACUUCAUCCUGUUCAGAGAAAAGAAAAAGAAAAAAAAAAAAAGGAAAAAUACCAACCUGAAAUUACUGUGUUUGAAAUAUUUUCUUAUGGUUUGUAAUAUUUCUGUAAAUUUAUUGUGAUGAUAUUUUAAGUUUUUUUUCCUCAUUUUCCGUAGUUGUAUUUUAAAGAUUCGGCUCUGUAUUAUUUGAAAUCAGUCUGCCGACAGUCCAUGUAUAUAUUUGAACUAAUACCAUCCUUAUAACAGGUACAUAUUCAAGUUAAGUUUUUACUCCAUUAUGCACAGUUUGAGAUAAAUAAAUUUUUGACAUAUGGACACUGAA